UUUCGAGUUCAUGUAAACGAAGCUCCGCUCUGCUCAGCUCUGAUCUGCUGGUGUUCACAGAGCAGGUUUGCUAUAAUGGCAGAAGCCAGAAUUCCAACACUUGGGGACCAGUUCAACUGUCCAGUCUGUCUGGAUCAGCUGAAGGACCCAGUGACCACAGCCUGUGGUCAUAGUUUCUGCUUGGUGUGCAUCAACAGCUGCUGGGAUGAAGAACGGCAGAGUGGAUUCUAUCGAUGCCCCCAGUGCAGACACACCUUUACGCGAAGGCCCGUCUUAAAGAAGAACGUGUUGUUUGCCGAAAUGGUGGAGAAACUGAAGGUGACAUCAAUCCAAACCGGCUCUAUCGGAGGCGCGGAGUGCGACUUCUGCACAGGGUUAAAGCAGAAAGCCGCGAAGUCCUGCCUGGUCUGUCUGGCCUCUUACUGUGAGACUCACCUCCAGCCUCACUACGUAUCUCCAGCCUUUAAGAGCCACAAGCUGGUCCGAGCCUCUGCACGACUCCAGGACCACGUCUGUUCUCGCCAUCAGAAGCCCCUGGACGUUUACUGCCGCACUGACCAGCUCUGCAUCUGCUUUCUGUGCACGAUGGAGGAACACAGCGGUCACCUGACGGCACCUGCUGAGGCAGAAAGGAUGGAGAAACAGAAGGAGCUGAAGGAGACUCAGAGGAAGUCCCAGCAGAUGAUCCAGCAGAAAGAGAAGGAGCUUCAGAAGCUGAGGAGAGCUGUGGAGUCUCACAAGCGAUCUGCUCAGGCCGCACUGGAGGACAGCAAGAUGGUCUUCAGCGAACUGAUCCGUCUGGUUGAGAGGAAGCGCUCCGAGGUGACGGCGCUGAUUAGAGCCCAGGAGAAGGAGGUGGUGAGGAGAACUGAAGGAAUCCUGAAGCGAGUGGAGCAGGAGGUCUCUGAGCUGAGGAAAAGAGAUGCUCAGCUGAAGGAGCUCUCGCUAGCCGAGGACCACACACAGUUCCUGCAGAGCUUCCGUUCCCUCUCGGCUGCUCCCGCAUCCAUACACACCGUCACCCGGACUCCGCACACCACCUUCAUGGACGUAGCCCAAACGGUGAUGGAGCUGAAGAAGAAACUGGAGGAGUUCUGCAGGGAGGAGACGGAGAACGUGUCCAGGAGAGUCACUCAGGUCCAAAUCCUUGAGCCCAUCACAAGAAAGGAAUUCCUAGACUAUUCCUGCCAGCUGACUCUGGAUUCCAACACGGCUAACAGCGUCCUGCGUCUGUCUGAGGGAAACAGAGCGGCGUCCUGGGAUGAUUUAUUCCAGUUUUAUCCCGAUCACCCCGACAGGUUUGAUGCCUGGGCUCAGGUGCUGUGUAGAGAGAAUGUUUGCGGAGGCGGUUACUGGGAGGUGGAAUGGAGCGGCAGCGACGGAGUCGGAGUAGCCGUGUCCUACAGAGGCAUCAGCAGGAAGAUUGAUUACGAGUGCGUGUUUGGAUGCAAUGAUCAGUCCUGGAGUUUAUCCUGCUUCCCAUCUGGCUACUCCUUCUGGCACGACAGCCAAGAAACUACAAUUCCUAGAGUGCCCUGCUCUUCCAGAAUAGGAAUCUACGUUGAUCACAAGGCAGGAACUCUGAGCUUUUACAGCAUUUCUGACUCAAUGACCCUCAUUUACAGAGUCCAGACAACGUUCACUCAGCCGCUCUACCCUGGAUUCUGGCUUGGGGAAGGAUCCAAAGUGACCUUAGGGCCAUUUUCUGGAUGAAUUGAAAUGGACUGACCGCACAAUACGCUGUCCAAAAGUAAUAACACCCUUCAUUUACCAACUUUUGGACAUUAAGGGCUGGUUUGAUUGACAUGAAUUAAUCUUAGUCUUGGACUAAACAGCAGUGGCUUUGUUUUUUCACCAUUAAAAAUCCCAUUCAGGCCCCAUUCAGCUUAAUCUGGA